AUGCAGAUUUUUGUCAAAACUUUGACUGGGAAGACCAUUACACUCAACGUUCAACCGUCCGAUCUUGUUGAGACGCUCAAGGAACGCAUCCUUGACAGAGAAGGAAUCCGACCAGCUGAACAGAUACUAAUUUGCAAUGGAAAACCCCUUCAGAAUGGCAAGCCCUUGUCUUUCUACGGAAUUCAAAAGGAGAGUACAGUUCACCUAACUGCUAGAUGUGUUGGUGGACACUUUUGA